AUGGCGUCCAACCCACCAGGAGAAUGCUGUAUCAGAGGCUUCAUCCAUGAAGGCACUGCUACGGGGGAGACAAAGAAGAUGGGAGACCUCGACGUCUACUUUUCUUAUCCCAAGGAAUUUUGCAAGAAGGCCGGCAAGGCGAUAGUCAUCCUCUCAGACGUUAUGGGCAUUCGCACCAAUUCCCAGCUCCUUGCUGACUACAUGGCGUCCCAAGGCUAUCUCACGGUGAUUCCAGACCUUUUCCGUGGUGAUAGACUCACGCCUGCUGUGUUCGAGCCAAAUUCUGGAUUUGAUCGUCAGGCGUGGUUUGCAAAGUAUGGCACCGAUGCUGUUGACCCCGUCAUCGAGUCUACUAUCAAGAUGCUGCGAGAGGAACAUGGAAUUGAAAGGCUCGGGGGUGUUGGGUAUUGCUUCGGUGGAAAGUAUGUAUGCCGAUUUUUGAAAGAUGGAAAGCUGGACGCUGGAUUCACGGCACACCCAUCUUUCGUCUCGAGGGAAGAGCUAUCUGCUAUCAAAGGACCACUAUCCAUCGCAGCAGCAGAAAUUGACGAGAUCCUAACCACCGCAUUGCGUCAUGAGUCUGAGGAGAUCCUGGCAAAAACAAAGCAGCCGUACCAGAUCACUCUCUAUGGAGGAGUGUCCCAUGGAUUUGCCGUUCGUGGCGACCUGUCUAAACCGGAUAUCAUGUUUGCAAAGGAGCAGGCCCUGGCCCAGGCACUGGCAUGGUUUGGCCAAUACCUGUGA